UGUCUCCUCUGUGCCCAGCACCUGACAGAUUCUUAGCCGAACCAUCCCACUGAGCAAGCGGCCGUGAUGGCAACAGGCCCACCCGGCAUCAAGGAGGAGAUAGAAAUGUGCCUCAAAGAAGAACUGAUGUCUGGAAAUCCCGGGCAGCACCAAGAGCAGCUGCUGAUAGCUGAUGCACCGGAUCAUGGAUCCCAGGCCCUGGGUGGCUCCCAGAGGCGUCAGAGGAUGGACCCAAAGGCUACUGCCUCCACUAUCUCUCAGUCACCUUGGAAUACAAAUCCUCCCAAGGGCAGGAGAGUGGAGCACCAGCGGCAGGCGCCCAGGAUGUCCAGAGAGCCGGGCCAUGAGGCUGCAGCCUCCCAGGAGUAUCCUGGCAGCUUCCAGGGCCAUCCUGACCAGACCCCGGGGAUUGAUCUGCUGGCAGAGGUUGGCCUGGAAGAGCUCAAUGAACUGGAGCUGGAAAUCAUACGAAGACAGCUGGUGGUGGUCACAGAGCGCCUGUGUGCACUGGAGGAUCAGGAUGCCACCUGGCGCUUGAAGGAGGCGGUGUUCUUCACUAUGAUGCUGUCGGCUUGCAUCGCCAACCUGUGGCUGUGGAUGCGCCAGUGACGCUGAGGCCCCCACCGUCCUGAGCCCUCUCACCCUCCCUUGCCUCUGCCCUUUGCAUACCCACACCC